AUGCUCUGGCACCCCCUCACCCUCGCGAGCCUCGCCGGCCUCGCCGCCGCCGCUCCAACCAUGCUCCGCUUCGGCUGCUCCCAAAUCGUCAUCGACCGCAUCGACCCCCUCGUAAACCCCGGGCAGCUCCCCUCCCCUCACCUCCACCAAGUCGUCGGAGGAAACGCCUUCAACGUAUCCAUGCCCUCGCAAGACAUCUCCCAACUCGCAAGCUGCACCACUUGUUCCUACAGCGACGACCUCUCCAACUACUGGACCGCCAACAUGUACUUCCGCGCGCGCAACGGGUCGUAUAAGCGCGUGCCGCAGAUUCCCAACCGCGAACUUUUUCAGGAUAAGUUCACGGCCCAGACGAAGGGCGGACUUGACACGGAGGCCUUCCCUACCGGACCCUGCAGUGGUAUCCGGUCCAACAUUUUGUAUCCCACCUGCUGGGACGGCAAAAACCUCGAUUCCCCCGACCACAAAUCCCACGUCGCCUACCCGACCUCCGGGCCAGCUCUCUUCACCGGCUCCAGCGUCGGCUCUGCCUGCCCAUCCACACACCCCGUCAAAAUCCCGCAAAUCAUGCUCGAAAUCGUCUGGGACACGACGCAAUUCAACAACAAAGCGGACUGGCCGGCCGACGGCUCGCAGCCCUUUGUUUUGAGUACGGGCGACAACACGGGGUACGGACAACAUGGCGACUACGUGUUUGGGUGGAAGGGCGAUAGUUUGCAGAAGCUGAUGGAUGAUAAUAAGAAUUGUAUGGGCAGUGCGUGUGGAGGGCUGAAGGCGCAGGAUGCGGGGAAGGCGAAUGCGUGUCGGGUGAGUGGGAAGGUGAGGGAGGAGUGGGAGGGGUGGUUGGAUAAGUUGCCGGGGAUGGAGGGGAUGCCGAUGUGA